GGCUGCAGCCGCUGUAAACACCCACCCCACCGUUUUCUGCGAGCGCCAGUGUGGCAGCACCGAUUCCCAGGGAACGUCAUCCAACGAGUCCGCGUGAGCCGGUAAGGGAGCACUGAGCGACAAUGUGGGUUCAGUGAAAGCCGCGUUUCUCCGAGUGAGCUACAGGAGUACCCUCGUGGAACCUUGAAGACUUACAUCUGUGAUAUCACUGCCUACUAUGCCCCCCAAGUUCAAAGGAACCUAAUCUGAAAACAAAAACUGACGACUUAAUAGAAGCCCCUGACCAGCAAGAAGGGAGUUGGUAUCUCAGACUGUAAACACGAGUACUAAUGCAUUCUUGCUAACCGGACACAGCACUUAUUGUGUGAGGCACUGAAGGGUCAACUAUGACGUUCCACCCAAGACCUUAUCCUUAAGACUUUCUUAGUGUUGAGUUGAGCCAAGAAAAACGACUCGGUCGAAGUUUGCACAGACCUCGUCCUUCCUUUUUUAGCUUCGAAAGAAGCAGGAGAGGACUGAUGACAACAAAAAGAACAACCUAAGCAUCACUGGAAAUACGUUUAUUGUGAACACAUCUACUACAGGGCACGGUCCUAGGUUUCUGUCCGUUAUGUCAGGGACAGAGCGUCCAGCGGGCGCCGCCCCAAGACUUCAGGUGAGCCCAGAGAGCAGCCAGUUCCUGACCGUUGACGAAACGAAACGACCACGAGCCAACUCCGACCCGCUCGGCUUACACUUGACCUUAAUUGGCCUGCCUGAGAUAACUGUAACGGGCGAGGAUGGUCAAGACAGCUGUCAAGGAGAGGAGGGUGAUGUCGGAGGUCUUCUCCUGCCGCCGUCUCCUCGACGUAGAGCUAACACGUGCCCCGAGGAUAUGUUCAGACCCCGAAAAGGACGCCCACCCACCCCGCCCCCUUCGGACAUUAUGAAGAAUCCGGCGGGAAAGCGCUUCUCUUUCAACUUCACACCCAAAGACUUGAACGGGAUCUCCUUUAUUCACCACAAGCUGGGAAAACUUACAGAAGACAAUAGCGAGCCCACACCUUCGGAAGCAGACGAGGUUUGCUUGGGCGCCACAGGAGGGGAGGAAUCGUUGGAGACAAACCCUCGCCUUGGACAAUCAGAACCCAAUGGUCACACAGAUCAUCCCUCGUCCAGGAAACACGGUGCUUUUAGCGCCGGAGGCAAGUUCUCAAAGCAUUCCAACGCCGCCAGCAUUACCUCAAAAGAAAACGCGUUGAGCCAACCGAUGGCAGGACUUUCUGUUUCCUCUCCGUCUGGGAAAAGUUCUGAGGUUAGCAACAACAACGAUGUUGGGGUCAAGGAUAUUGGGAAAACGUCUGACGUCACGAAAUGUUCUUCAGACUCAUGGCGCUCCAAAGACAGUAACCACGAAUCCACAGACAGUUCUCGGCUUACUGCAUGUUGAUGCUUUUUAUGUUGCUUUCCUUUCCUCUUUAGAAUUGUACCUUUCUAUACUGAAAUCCUUAAAGGGUUGACCCUCAAAUUUAGGCACGACUUGAGUUUUCUGCACAUCAUGCUUGCUUGCAGAAUCGGUGACACUGGUUCAAAUCCCCGGGUGACAAUUCUUGAAUAUGAGUUGCUAACAGAGUUUCGUGGUUCUUCGCCCACUUGGCUUGGUCUCAUCACUGGUGGAGGUAAAAUCAAAUGUUCUACCCUUUAAAAUACAGGAAAGGGUAUCCUGCCAUGUUGUAUCAUACCUUCCACUGACAUAGCGAAUCUUGAUAAAAAUGUGUGGAGAUCUUGUGUGAACGUUUAAAAGCAUUGAUUAAAUCAGCAACUGCAAAGAAUAAGUACUUAUUUGUUUGAGUAAAGAGAAUCACAGCUCUACUGCAACAGUAAUUUAGUGUAGUGUGCACGCACGACCAACAGACUAAAAGAACAGAUGGAAGACUCCAAGUUCGGUGCCCUCAAACUACAAGCAAAUGAUUUUCAUAAAGUGAAAUACUUCUUCGGGUUUCAAAACGCCACAUAUUAGUUGCUACAUUCAAUGCAAACACAUCUGAGCAUAAUUCUAUUUGAUUCAUGGAGUAACUUAAGCGAUGACAAAAACAUCGCUCGGUCUAUUGAAUCCUUGUUUCUCCAACCACCUAUUUUUGGCUCAUAAAAUUCUUUGAUCGUGAUUAUGUUGUUUUGAAAGCAGCAUUUCCUUUGUGUGUGUUUUGCUUCUGAAAUUUUGAUGUUUCCUGAUCAAAGUGUUUUCUACGUCUUGCAUUGAAAUCAAAUUGUACAGUGUACAGUUUCUGAUUCUCUGAAUCCGUUCUAAUGUAUUUUCCUGACAGAGCCUCUCAAGUGGAGUGUUUUUGUUUUUAUUUAACUUCUGAUUACUUCUUGGACAUGUUACUUCCUUCCACCCCUAGAGUUAUCUUCCUAAACUACCCGGCUUGGCACAAAAGCCCUAUUGUGCUGUGGUGAAGUCGCCCAAUUUGCUUAGAUGUGGACACUUUUGAAACUUCAUCGUUAUGUCAUAAUAUGUUGUAUAUAUAUACAGGCUGCGAGUCUUCUUUCUUUUUAUUUCUCAGGAACCUGCAUAAGCUUCUGUUCCAGAUUCUCUCAAAGGAAGUAAUUAUCGACACGUUUCGUUGACAUUUCUUGUUCUUUGCUAGCUUGUUUUGUCUGGCAUUUGUGUUACUGCUCUCUACGAUAAGAAACUUCUGACCAGUUGCUGCAAAAUAAAAUGUGAUUGCUUACAGAUUGUUACAAUUGUACAGGGCGAACAGUUUCAAAUACUCUUUAUCAUGAUCACUUUGUGAGUCUUUGAACUUAUUAAAUUUCCUUCUCCAGUAUGAA